GUGUGGGGAGGGGUAAACGGAUGAAGGAAGGGGCAUUGUAAAGUGAUGGGGAAUGGAGGAUGGAGUCGCAAAUUGAGGCGUAGUUGAAUCCACGAGACAAGGGAUUAAAAUGAUAGCUCAACCUCAACCAUCAGCUACAGUAAUGAAAUUUGCUCUGGUGGAAUAUAUCACGAGAUGAGAAGUUGGAGAGACGUGUUGUGUUGGAUGGUGGGGGCAUUUUUUUUUUGGGGGGCGAAUUUGAUUUGAUAUAAAAAAGAGGUUCAAUGACACCAAUUCUCAUUCCCCUCACCCUAAACUUUUGGGCUUUGAUUUUUCGACUGAGUACUCAGUCUCCUCUCUCUUUCUCUCUCACACACACACAUACACAACAAAUACCAUUCCUUUUGGCUAUCUUUUCUCACACCUUCAACAACAAUAACAAAGUAUCUAAUUGAAGCAAAAUCAUAGUGGUUUGAAGGCUUUCCUAUCAUGGAAAAUCAACAACUCCACCUCCAUCAUCAUCACCUUGAGUACCAGCAACAACAACAACGUCAACCCAAUUCCAUGAAGUCAAGAUUCAGACGUGUCUGUGUCUUUUGUGGUAGCAGUCCAGGCAAGAAUCCUAGCUACCAGCAUGCUGCUAUUCAGCUUGGCCAACAACUGGUUGAAAGGAACAUUGACUUGGUUUAUGGAGGAGGAAGCAUUGGCUUGAUGGGGUUGGUCUCUCAAGCUGUCUUUGAUGGUGGUCGCCACGUGUUGGGGGUAAUUCCCAAGACUCUCAUGCCAAGAGAGAUCACAGGCGAGACAGUAGGAGAAGUAAGAGCUGUGUCAGGAAUGCACCAACGUAAAGCUGAAAUGGCUCGCCAAGCUGACGCCUUUAUUGCCUUGCCAGGUGGUUAUGGAACCUUGGAAGAACUCCUGGAAGUGAUCACUUGGGCUCAGCUAGGAAUCCAUGACAAACCUGUGGGACUGUUGAAUGUUGAUGGGUAUUACAACUCGCUUUUAUCAUUCAUAGACAAUGCGGUGGAUGAAGGUUUCAUAGCCCCAGCUGCCCGUGACAUAAUUGUCUCUGCCCAAACUGCCCAAGAACUCAUGUGCAAGCUCGAGGAGCAUGAACCUAAACAUUCAGGGGUGGCCUACAAGCUCAGCUGGGAAAUGGAGCAACAAUUGGGUUUCACUUCUAAAUCUGACAUCGCUCGUUGACCCCACCACCACCAUUCACACAUGAUCAACAAUUUUACGACCGUAGAUUCUUAUUACAACAACAACAACCACCUUGUAGAUGGAAGCACCACAUAAAACCGCACAGUUUUCUUUUAUUCAGCUGUGGAUCAUGCUGUGAAUUUCCUUUUUUUUGUAUUGUUGGUUUGAUUUAAUUAGAAUAUUCUGACCACGACAAACAGUGUGAGUGACUUUAUUACCUUCCCAAGUCGGUGAUUGCUAAUUGUGAAUAUUUUAUUAUGGCUUUACUUUGUUGAAGUGAUGGGUUGUUACAAAUUGCUUUCAAACAAAAA